UUUAUGGGUGGAUAAAGUUUCGUUAAAAUAUUUUACACUGUUCAACAGGAUUUCAACGUUUUUCAUGCUUACGUUGAUGACCUCUGAAUAUAUAGCGUUUUUCACGCAAAAAAAUCUGAGUGAUAAGCAGGCAUCUGAUCAAAUUAUGUUUGCUAUUUCUCAUCCAAUACUCAUGUCAUAUUCCUUCAGCAUUUUAUAUUACAGGAAGGAUAUUAGGAAGCUGUUAUUCAAGCUCUCUGUGGUUUUAAAAGAGGGCUACAACGAUUUGGAAAUAGAGACACAAAUGAUUAGAAAGGCGAAGUUGUAUUCUACAUUUUAUGUUAUGAGCUUUAGCGCUGCUUUGUUUUUUUACGCUUUUGAUGGUAUUAUGCAGGUUGUUAAAAAAGGCGACACUUUCACAACGGUAAUUUUGGCAUGGCCGGAUGUACAACAAAGGGGAAUAUUGCCAGAUUUUAUAAGGAUUGCCGUGUAUUUCCUGUGGUGGCUUUUCAUGUUUCGUGUAUCAGCCGUCUAUGUAUUAGUUAUUUCUUUAACGAUAACGUUGAGUUAUCAGUAUAAGAAUUUACAAAGCUAUUUUUACAAACUAGAAGAUAUUUUUAAAGAUGUUAAUGUGGAGAAUUUUGAACAAAAGGAGAAGGAAUAUGAACGUGCAUUGAAAGUUGGUAUUUCAUUGCAUUCUGAUACUAUUUGGUGUGUAAGGGAGUGUCAACGAAUUUGCAGCUGGGUGUUCAGUGGCCAAAUUACUUUCAAUUUUACUGUAUUUUGCAUGCUUAUGCUCCAAAUGGUGAAUUCUGAGCGCACAUUAAUGGGUGUUUUGGCGACCUUGUCAACGAGCGCAUCUCUCUUGAUGGCUACUGGUUUCUUCAUGUGCAAUGCUGGCGAUAUUACUGUUGAAGCAGCUGCAUUGCCAACGGCUAUUUUCUUUUCGGGAUGGCAACAUUGCCGCGGCGCCACUUCUGUUCGCAUCAGGAAUUUGUUAGUUGUUGCCAUUUGUCAAAGCCAGAAACCCGUCGAGAUACAAUGUUUCAAUGUUAUUAAAAUGUCGUACCAGUCAUUUGUUUCGAUUGUUAAAGCUUCGUAUUCAGUAUUUUCAAUUUUAUAUUGAAGAGAGGGAAGAAAACGUGAAGAAUAUAAUACGGCCGCAGUUCUAUAGAGCUUCG